GCGCAGGGGAAGAGAACGAAGAAUAAUUUGAACCGAGAGCCGACAGAUUCUCAGCUGUCUCUCAGCUCAAUCCAUUGUAAUGAUCUCGUAAAUGUUCCUUGGCGAUGAGGACGAAAUUCGCGGCAGCAAACAAACAAAACAGUCUCCCCCUCCACAAUUUACCACUUCUUUACUGUGUACUUAAUGGGUCGCUGUACUGAUCAUAGCUCCAUUAAAUUCUUCUCUCCCAAUCGAAUCGCUUGGGGGAAAAAGGGGAAGCGAAGUUAAAAACUCUCUACCCCAAUUUUAGUUUUCGAGUUCUUGGUGGGUUCUGAAGAUUAAGGGUUGGAUGAUGGAAUCCAAGGCUCUGCGAUUCAUCACCCAUCAAUCGUUCUUCUCCGUCGUUCGAUCUGGGGACCUCGAGGCCAUCAAACGAGUUUUGGAUAAGCUUGCCGGAGAUGAACAGGCCGAGGGUUCUUGGAUCACCGAUCUGAUGGCGAUGCAGAACGAUGCUGGGGAGACGGCUCUGUACAUGGCGGCUGAGAAUAAUCUUGAGGAGGUUUUUAGCUAUUUGCUUCAAUUUUCCACUGUCCAGAUCCUGAAGAUUAGGUCCAAAUCUGAUUUGCACCCUUUUCAUGUUGCUGCUAAGCGUGGCCAUCUAGGUAUUGUAAAAGAGCUUUUGGGCAUUUGGCCAGAGCUUUGCCGGUCAUGUGACUCCUCAAAUACGAGCCCUCUCUAUUCAGCUGCUGUACAGGACCAUUUGGAAGUAGUUAAUGCUAUCUUAGAUGCCGAUGUCGGUACAGUGAGAAUCGUAAGGAAGAAUGGAAAGACAGCUCUGCAUAAUGUAGCUAGGUACGGUCUCCUUCGAAUUGUUAAAACGCUUAUUGAUCGUGAUCCUGGAAUAGUUGCAAUUAAGGAUAAGAAGUCCCAGACUGCACUUCACAUGGCUGUGAAAGGUCAGAGCACUGCAGCAGUCGAGGAGCUAUUGCACGGCGAUGCAUCUAUAUUGAACGAACGAGACAGGAUGGGAAAUACUGCCUUGCAUAUAGCAACUAGAAAGUGUCGGUCAGAGAUUGUAAGCCUUUUGCUGAGCUUUACAUCGCUCGAUGUCAAUGCGAUCAAUAGUCAACACGAAACCGCUAUGGACUUGGCUGACAAACUGCAAUACAGCGAGUCUUCACUGGAGAUUAAAGAAGCAUUGGCUGAAGCUGGUGCCAAAUAUGCUAGGCAUGUUGGCCAAGUUGAUGAAGCAAUGGAGCUCAAACGGACAGUCAGUGACAUAAAGCACGAGGUUCACUCGCAACUUAUCCAAAACGAAAAGACACGUCGGAGAGUUUCUGGCAUUGUCAAAGAACUUAAGAAGCUCCACAGAGAGGCUGUUCAGAAUACCACAAAUUCCAUCACAGUUGUGGCUGUCCUUUUUGCAUCCAUUGCAUUCCUGGCCAUCUUCAACUUGCCGGGUCAGUAUAUACAGAAAGGAAAAGACGUCGGGAAGGCGAAUAUAGCCGAUAAUAUGGGAUUCCAAGUAUUUUGCCUUCUGAACACUAUAUCUUUGUUCAUAUCUUUAGCUGUUGUUGUGGUUCAAAUUACAUUGGUAGCAUGGGACACAACGGCUCAAAAGCAGGUUGUAUCAGUUGUAAACAAGCUAAUGUGGGCUGCCUGUGCUUGCACCUCUGGGGCUUUCAUAUCGAUUGCUUAUGUUGUCGUAGGGCACGAAACAUGGAUGGCUCUCGCCAUCACUCUUGUCGGAGUUCCAAUUCUUGUUGCAACUCUUGCAAUCAUGUGCUACCUGGUUUUUCGACAACAUUUCGGAAUCUUUUGCAGUGACUCUCAAAGGCGAAUCAGACGGGCAAGUGGAGGCAAGUCUUUCUCGUGGCCUCACUCGGUUAACAUAUCUGAUGACGAUGACUAUAACUCUGACCUCGAGAAGAUAUAUGCCUUGUAGAACCCUUUCAGCAGUUUCGAGCCUGGAAGGAUGGUUUUCCUGGACAUAGUUAUAUAAAUAUAUGAUAAUGUAGAUCAGGAGGGCUACGUCCUCGUGCUCGGUAGGGCUCUUUUCGUGAUAGAAGAGUAAAUUUGAUUGUAUAUUCUGUAUUUAUUAGGAAGCAGGAGUUGGAACACUUGGUUCAGUGUAUUUUCAUCCUUUGAAUUUUC